UUAUAAUAUCAUGCCCUUUCAAGUAAUUUUGGCUUUUGGCUCGAUUCUUCAAGAAGCAAGGCACCUUCUUUUCUAUAGAAAAGUCCUUGGACUGCAACAUUAUUGCUUCAUCUCUCUGCAGGAGAUCUAACCAUAAAAUCGAAAACAAAGGACCCAAAGAGAAAAACAAUGAUCAGAGGCCGAGAUUCUAAAUAAAACAGCAGAGAUGUUGGAGAAGAUAGGAUUGAGAGGGACUCAUUGGGUGAUUGAUGCUUCACAUUGCCCAGGAUGUUCUUCUCAGUUCACUUUCAUCAAUCGCAAGCACCACUGCCGAAAAUGUGAGGGCAUUUUCUGCAAUAGUUGCACUCAACGCAGAAUGGUUUUACGUGGACAUGGUGAUUCACCUGUGCGUGUUUGUGAACCUUGUAAAAACCUAGAAGAGGCUGCUCGAUUUGUGUCCCGACAUGGAUACAAAAGUAGAGCUGGGAGAGGUCGUUUGAAACCAGCUGUGAAUGAUGAGGAUGGUGCUUUCAACCAGAUUUUAGGGGGUGACAUAAAGGAAUCGUCGUCAUCAGGAGUAGCUUUAAACAAUGACACAACUCCUAGUGUUCAAGGGGCUACAUGUUUCAAUGUUCAAGAAGUUGUUGGUCAUGACGGGGGAGGAGAAAUGCAUAAAAGUCCGUCUGUUGAUCGGUGUAUGCAGAAUGGUAUGGCGUUAUCCAGUCCAGAGAAAUUGCGCCAGCAAGCAUUGGAUGAAAAAAGGAAGUAUAAAGUUCUUAAAGAAGAGGGGAAAUCUGAGGAAGCUUUGAGAGCCUUUAAGAGAGGGAAGGAGCUAGAGAGACAGGCUGAGUCUUUGGAGAUCCAUACAAGAAAGAAUGGUAAAAAUAGUUUUCCAUCCGACAACAUGUCUGGGAUCCUGAAUAAAGAAGUUCCGGAGGAAUAUGGCAGAAAAAACAAGGUUUGUCAUCCAGCCAGUAGGGAUAAGGAUGACCUGGCUGCUGAACUCAGGGAAUUGGGAUGGUCUGAUAUGGAUUUACGUGAUGAUGAUAAAAAGUACACAAAUUUGAGUUUGGAUGGUGAAUUAUCUUCUCUUCUUGGAGAAAUUCCGGAGAAGAUUAAUGGUCAUGGCAUUGACAAGACUGAGGUUGUUGCCUUUAAGAAAAAGGCUCUUAUGUUGAAGCGUGAAGGGAAGCUUGCAGAAGCGAAAGAAGAACUGAAGAGAGCCAAAAUUUUAGAGAAGCAACUUGAAGGACAAGAACUAUUGGCUGGCGCUGAAGAUUCCGAUGAUGAGGCAUCUGCAAUAAUCCGUAGUAUGGACAAUGAUAAACAAGAUGAAAUUUUAAUGCAGUAUGAACAUACGCAAAGCCUUGACUUUGAUUACCUUAUGGAAACUGCUGAUGAUCUUGGUAUUGAUAGUAAUUUUGAAGUAACUGAUCAGGAUAUGGAGGAUCCGGAAAUAGAUGCUACUCUGAAAUCAUUAGGUUGGACUGAGGAUUCUAGUCCUAUCGAAGAUGUUACAACACAGUCUGCUCCUGUUAAAAGGGAGGCACUACUAAAUGAAAUUAUUUCGCUAAAGAGAGAGGCUCUUAGUCAAAAGCGGGCAGGUAAUGUUGCAGAGGCAAUGGCUCAGUUAAAGAAGGCUAAGUUACUUGAGAAGGACCUUGAAAGUUUCGAUUCUCAGCCAGAGAAUUUGACAGUUGACCAAAAUAUCACAGCUCCUCACACUGUUGAUAUAUCAAAGAAGUUGGUUACAUUUGUUGAUAAAAAUGUUAACGCUAUGAAGGGUGUGGAUCUGAAACCAGCAUCAAAGAGUAGAUUGACGAUUCAGAAAGAGCUUCUAAGUUUGAAGAAGGAAGCCCUUGCUUUGAGACGGCAAGGAAGAUUGGAUGAAGCAGAUGAAGAAUUGCAGAAGGGCAGGAUUUUCGAGCAGCAGCUUGAAGAAAUGGAGAAUACUUCCAACAUGAAGGCUGCACAGGUAACUAGUAAGUGGAAGGAUUUGAAACACGAGCAUCCUAAUGUAUCAGACACUCUGCCUGUUGAAGGAGAUGUUACGGAACAAGACUUGCAUGAUCCAACUUACCUUUCGAUGCUAAGGAACUUAGGUUGGAAUGACAGUGAUGACGAGCUUUCGAACUCUUCCCUGAAACAUUCUGAACAAAAUGGUUCUAAGAAAAUUAUUGAAUCUUCUUCUGCUCAUGCCACUCCUAAAAUCCCGACUAAGGCAUCGAGAAGAACUAAAGACGAAAUACAACAGGAGCUAUUAGGCUUGAAAAGGAAAGCUCUUUUGCUGAGGCGCCAAGGAAAUACUGAUGAGGCAGAGGAAGUGUUGGAAACAGCAAAAGCACUAGAGGCUGAGAUGGCAGAGAUGGAGGCACCAAAGAAAGUGGUCGAAACAAAGUUUCCAAAAGCAAAAGGCACUAUAUUUGCCCAUAAAGGUGCUGCAGAAGAAGAAGAUGCAGAGAAUAUUACAGAGAAUGAUAUGACUGAUCCAGCUCUACUCUCAAUGCUAAAGAAUUUGGGUUGGAAGGAUGAAGAAGUUGAACCUAUAACUAUGCAGGAAGAGUACUCUAAAACUCUUGCCAGUGAGACAUUACAUUCUAGCCAUCCAUCGAGCAGUCAACCCUCUUCAGGAGUUCGAGUUUCACCACCAAGAAAUAAAGGGGAAAUCCAAAGAGAACUUCUGGGCUUGAAAAGAAAGGCUCUUGCCCUUCGACGAAAUGGGAAAGUUGAAGAGGCAGAGGAAUUGUUGCAAAGGGAAAAGGUACUAGAAGCCGAAAUGGCAGGAUUGGAAGCUCCGAAAUCUGAGCUUGUGGUUGAGUCAUCCAAGGACAGUAAAUCUGAGAACUUUGAAUCAUUUGCUAACCACAAGAGGCUAGGGAAUUCAAAAAAUGAAGUGAUAGUAAAGAAAGAGCCAUUUGUAGACAACCAACCGUCGGUAGAAAAAUCGGAUCCCGCAGGGCUAAACCCUCCAUCAAACCAGUCUGCAAACAUAAUGGAACUUUCGACUGUUGAUGACCUGACAAAUUCACGGAUACCUGCAAAAUUGGAAGAGACAGGUCACUUUGAAUCCAACUUCUCUUCUCGUGGUAGACCCGAUGUUCAAUUGGCUUGCCAAGAUGUUAUAACCAGGAAUGAAGAUACCACUGGAAAAACUAGAGUGCUUAAUGAAGAGAAGUUAAAUUUUUCUCAGAACAGCCAAGAUUCACGUAGACGAGCAGUUUUGUCUCACAAGAGAAAGGCACUUGCUUUGAAGAGAGAUGGAAAACUGGAAGAAGCUCGGGAAGAACUUCGACAGGCAAAGCUGUUGGAGAAGAGUAUGGCAGAAGAUGACACUCCUCCAAAAUUCGGUUCUAAUGAUGUGUCAACAUCUGCAUCCACUGUUUGUUCUGGUGCAGUUGAGCAAGGUACACCAGCUUUCGCUCCGAAACCACUUUCUGGUCAUGAUCGCUUCAAGUUGCAACAGGAAUCCCUCAGUCAUAAGCGGGAGGCUUUGAAGCUGCGAAGAGAAGGUCGAAUGCAAGAAGCAGAAGCCGAGUUUGAAUUAGCUAAGUCUCUUGAAGCUCAGUUGGAAGAGUUGGGUGGUCAUGCUUCAACCAAGUCAUCUAGCAAUAGAGCAGAACCAGUAGAUGAUGUAGUUGUUGAAGAUCUUCUCGAUCCUCAACUUUUGUCUGCCCUUAAAGCAAUUGGAUUGGACGAUUCUAGUGCUAUGGCUCAGGGACUCAAAAGAACAGAGCUUGUAAAACCCAAUGUUGCCAAAAGUGAAAAUGUUAACCAAGAGAGAAUCCAAUUAGAAGAGCAGAUUAAGGCAGAAAAGGUAAAGGCUGUAAACUUAAAAAGAUCAGGCAAACAAGCUGAGGCUUUGGAUGCACUUCGGAGGGCGAAAAUGCUGGAGAAAAAGCUGAAUUCCUUGUCCGCGUGAUAACAUUCCAUUUUCGGUUCAGAAAAUCUUCUGUGUCUGGAUUGAGGUACAUAAUAUUCGAGGUCACCGUGUGAAAUAAAAGUCAAAUAAUUCAGAUGAUAUAUUAUCAGCUCACGUGUAUGCUAAGUUUUCAUCAUAGAUGGAAAAUGUUUAUUUAUUUGUAUUUUGCAGAUCAUUUGUUACAAAAGAAUAAACAUGUUGAAGCUUUUCCUAGAGUUCUUUUCAGAA